AUGUCUCUCCCAAAAUCUCUCUGUAUACUCUUAUUCCUACUUGUGCUGCGACUCAACGACUCUUCUUUCGCUUCAAAUGAUGAAGUUACAUCACUUUUAGAGUUCAAAAAGGGUAUAAAAAACGACCCUCUAGGCAAAAUCUUCAAUUCUUGGAUUUCAGAUCCAUCAACAACAUGUCCAAGUUCAUUCCAUGGUGUAGUUUGUGAGACCAACUUUGUUAUUUCCAUUGUUCUUGAUGGUCUUGGACUUGUUGGUGACUUAAAGUUCUCAACUUUAAAUGGUUUAAAACAGCUUAGAACACUCAGUCUUUCGGGUAACUCUUUUACGGGUCGGGUUGUACCCGCUUUGGGUUCUUUGUAUACUCUUCAGCAUUUGGAUCUGUCUGGUAAUCUUUUUUAUGGUCCAAUUCCAGCUAGAAUUAAUGAGGUUUGGAGUUUGAAUUACCUUAAUUUGUCCAAUAAUAAUUUUACAGGAGGUUAUCCUAGUGGAAUUAGUAAGUUACAGCAGUUAAAAGUACUUGAUUUGCAUAGUAAUCGGAUUUGGGGUGAUAUUGGGGAGUUGUUUUAUGAGUUGAGAGGUGUUCAGCAUCUUGAUUUGAGUAACAACUCGUUUUUCGGGUCGAUUACUUUGGACCCGGGGAAUGUAUCGUUGGUGUCGACGAUUCAGGUUAUGAAUUUGAGUCAUAACAACUUAAGUGGUGGUUUUUUUAAACCAGAAUUGUUGCAGAGUUUUGGGAAUUUGCAGGUUUUGGAUUUGGGAAAUAAUGCUUUAAUAGGGGAACUAGUUUCGCCUUUCGGGGAUUUGCAUAAUUUGAGGGUUGUAAGGCUUGGGAAUAAUCAGCUCUAUGGUUCGAUUCCUGAGGAGCUCUUGCAGGGAAAGGUUCAAUUGGUAGAACUGGAUCUUAGUGGCAAUGGAUUUUCAGGUUCAAUACCGAAAGUGAAUUCAACAACUUUGAAAGUUCUAAACAUUUCAUCGAACCACCUUAUAGGUUCACUGCCAUCUUCCAUAGGAAAUUGUUCAGUUGUGGAUUUGAGCAGAAAUAUGCUAAUUGAUAAUAUAUCAGUUAUUGAGAGCUGGGAAGCCAAUCUGGAAAUUAUUGAUUUGAGUUCAAAUAGGUUAACUGGAAAUAUUCCCAAUCUGACCUCUCAGUUCCAACAAUUGACUUCACUUAAUUUUGGAAACAAUUCUCUUGACGGAACCUUACCUUCAGCGCUGGCAACCUCCCCAAGACUGGUUAAACUUGAUCUCAGCACUAAUAAACUUGGUGGACCUAUUCCAUCUACAUUUUUUACUUCGACGACAUUGAUGAACCUCAAUAUAUCUGGAAAUCAGUUGUCAGGCUCGAUUCCUCUUGAAGGCUCUCAUGCUAGCGAAUUACUUGUUCAACCGUCAUACCCUGCACUAGAGUCUCUUGAUCUUUCAGAAAACACAUUGACAGGUAAUUUGUCUUCUGCCAUUGGCAAUCUGGGGAGGCUUCAAGUGCUAAAUCUUGCUAAGAAUCAGUUAUCAGGCGUGCUGCCUACUGAAUUGGUUAAACUUUCAAGUUUGGAAUUCCUUGAUAUAUCUAACAACAAUUUUAGUGGCAGGAUCCCUGAAAAUCUUUCAUCGAAUUUGAGGGUGCUUAAUGUGUCUAACAAUGAAUUAAGCGGUCGAAUUCCUGAUAACUUGAGAAACUUUAAUGAAAGUUCAUUUAUUCCUGGAAACUCAAAUUUGACAAUUCCAAGUAGUCAGCACCAUCAUGAAAGUCAUGGCGUUCCUGAUCAAAAUAGUCAGCACCAUCAUAGCUCAAAAUUCAGUGUCAGGGUGGCAAUUAUUAUUGCUUCAGUUGGAGCUGUUUUAAUUAUUGCCUUUGUUCUCUUUGCUUACCAUCGAGAACAGUUCCAAGAUUUCCACUUGCCAAGUGGAUUUAAUGGCCAGUCUACUGGAAGAGACGUUAAACUAGGGAAGUUCAAGUUCUAUGGCUCCUCAGAACCACCGCCAACUUCAUUGAGUUUCUCUAAUGAUCACUUGCUCACAGCGAACUCGAGAUCUCUGUCUGGGCAAAUUGAGUCUGGUACAGAAAUUGUUGAGCAUGUGGGAGUAACUGCAGUUUCAGCAUCUGAAACAUCUGCGCGUAGAUCCUCUCCAGGCUCUCCAAUAGCUUCCUCCCCUCGUUUCAUUGACACAAUCGAACAACCAGUGACAUUGGAUGUGUAUUCGCCGGAUCGAUUGGCUGGGGAAUUGUUCUUCCUGGAUGGUUCACUGUCAUUUACUGCUGAGGAGUUAUCUCGUGCCCCUGCUGAAGUUCUGGGUAGAAGUAGCCAUGGCACAUUGUAUAAAGCUACUCUAAAUAGUGGGCACGUUCUUACUGUCAAGUGGUUGCGGGUCGGGUUAGUAAAAAACAAGAAAGAAUUUGCAAAGGAAGUUAAAAAGAUUGGAUCUAUCAGGCACCCAAAUACUGUUCCUUUACGAGCAUAUUACUGGGGGCCUCGGGAACAAGAGAGGCUUAUUUUAGCAGACUACAUACCAGGGGAUAGCUUGGCAUUGCAUCUCUAUGAGACAACCCCUCGGAGGUACUCCCUGUUAUCCUUCAACCAAAGGUUAAAAGUUGCUGUUGAAGUUGCCCGGGGUUUGGCAUAUCUGCAUGAGAGAGGACUGCCUCAUGGAAACUUGAAGCCAACAAAUAUAAUCCUGGUUGGUGCUGAUUACGGUGCCCGCCUCACUGAUUAUGGUCUCCACCGCCUGAUGACUCCAGCUGGCAUCGCGGAGCAGAUAUUAAACCUAGGGGCUCUUGGGUACCGUGCCCCCGAACUUGCUACCGCGACCAAACCUAUCCCGUCGUUUAAGGCUGAUGUAUAUGCUCUUGGUGUGAUACUAAUGGAAUUGCUCACUCGAAGAAGUGCUGGUGACAUAAUAUCGGGGCAAUCGGGUGCAGUUGAUUUAACGGAUUGGGUUCGGUUGUGUGAUCAAGAAGGUAGGGGGAUGGACUGUAUCGAUAGAGACAUUGCAGGAGGGGAAGAACACUGCAAAGGAAUGGAUGAUGUGCUAGCUGUGUCAAUAAGGUGUAUUCUUCCGGUAAACGAAAGGCCUAACAUCAGACAAGUUGUUGAAGAUCUUUGUUCUAUAUCAGUGUGAAAUUUUUGUAAAUGCGUCUUGGAAUUACAAUUCUUUUUUCUUUUUUCCUUCACAUUUAUUUUGGUUGCCUUCUAAUGUGGGUCAAUCCUUACAUAUUCCCAUUUUCUUUCCUCCUCCCCCCCCUUCAAUUUUUGUGUAAAGGGAUGAUCAAUCCAUUGAUUGAUUGAUUGACAUUUUUCUCAAAUUAGAAAGGAUUGCAAUUA